AUGUCAAUACUCGAAGAACAAAACACACUCCCAUUCUCUGAACAAGAAUCACCAGAAAAUUAUCUUUAUUUUCUUACCACAGUUAAUCCAACAGAUUUUAUUAAUACGUCGGAGAGAGGAAGUAAAAUUGUAAAAUUAUUUUCGGAACACUUUUUACCUUUGCCCUUCUCAUCGAAUGAGGAUGGAUCUGACUUGACAGAGGAAACAACAGUAAUUUUACUUGUUCCAUACUUUAUUGCAUUGGGAACUUUGCAAAUUAGACAGGAAAAUACUCAGCCAUUCAAUAUGGAAUUGCAUCAAAAAAAUAGAAAGAUUCAAUUGAAACAAGCAAAUGAAUAUUUUUGUAAAUUUUUAAAUUUGGCUUUACAAUAUGAUCAGGUUAAUGAUGAUUACCUCUCUUGGGUAUUGCCUCAUACAAUGAAUAGGGAUGAUGAUGAGGAGGAACAAGUUGCAAAAUCUACCAAGAAACAGGAUAAGGCAUUCGAACAAUUGAUGAAUGACAGAAGUCAAAUGGUAUUGCGAAUGAAGACAAAGAAUGCCUUAGCACAGGAGUUAUUUUCAAACGUUGAGGAAAUGUCUGAAUUGGAAAUUUCUAGAUUAUUGUCGAGUGUUUCUCUUGGAGAGGAUUCAAGCAAGAAGGUUUCAGAACAAGUGAAAAAGAAAAUGUUGAACAUUAGAGAUUAUAUUAACUUUUGCGUUCUAGACACUUUGGAGAAUUUAGCUUCCAACAGUAGAGAAGAAGGAAUGCUCAAUGCAGUUUCUGCUCGUCCUUCCAUGCCUCAACAUCCUUCCCAAUCGUAUCAACAACAAAGUGGUUCAACAUCAGGACAACCAAUUUCCCAUCUUAAGGCUACAUCUAUUAAUGAUGUUCUUAAUAACCGUGGGGUUCUCUCACAAAUGGGCUAUAAUAUGAUCUUACUUCCAAAUAAUAAUGGUGGCAAUACUGGAAACAAGUCAACCAGUAGUGGCAAUUCAUUACAAAAGAAGGCACUCGCCAAUCAGUCCAUUCAAUCCAAUAUUAUCAAUAAUAGAACAACAAGAGAGGAUAUCAAAAGUAGAGUGUUUGGAUCCUAUGUUCCUGGACCAACAGUAUCUCUGGAAGAGUUUGCCCGACAGGAAUGUAUCGACAUGCACCAAAGAGAAGAAAAAGACAAGCAAUUCAAACAAGAACAGACUCAAAAGAAGAAGGAUGACGAAGAGGAAGAAGAUGAAGAGGAAUUGAAAAAGAAGAGAGUGUGGGAAGAUUGGAAAGAUGAUCAUGUUAAAGGUUCUGGUAAUAUGAGAGAUUAA